AUGUCACCUCCGUGUGCAAGUCCAGCGACAACAUUGAGUAAUACUCUUGGAACGACCCUGUCUAUCCAAAGUCCUUUACUUGGUCGACGACAAUAUCAAGGCGAAAAAGUGGUGUUGAAGAAGCUCAGCGUUGAUGGCUGCCCGAAUUAUUUUGUUGAUUCAUUCGAGAAAGUUCAAACAAUUCGAUGGCUUGGAGCAGGCAUCUCGGCGGAUGUGUUCAAGGUCAAGGAUCCACUGAGUGGUGAAUUUUUUGCCAUUAAAAAGUCGAAGCAAGCUCUGCGCAACGAACGGGAACGUGACGUCUUAGCCCGGGAAAUAAUGAUUUUAGAAAAGCUGACUCUGUCACGGCACAACUUUGACAACAUCGUGCGAUAUUAUCAAGCUUGGCAGGAAAAUGAAAUGUUUUAUUUGCAAAUGGAGUUAUGCGAGGGUGGCACGUUGCAAGAUUUGAUCACGAUGAGAAAUCGCGAAUUACUUCCUGAAUAUUGUUUGUGGAAUAUUUUACGGGACAUUGCAAGUGGGCUAAAAAUUUUGUCUGAUUACGAUAUCGUUCACCUCGAUAUCAAACCUGACAACAUCUUUGUCACGGAAGACGGACGUUUAAAAAUUGGCGAUUUUGGUAUGGCCGGGAAUGUGAUCGAAUCUACCAAAAUAGCAAGCAAAGCAGACUUUCUUGAAGGCGAUGCGAAAUAUAUAGCGAGAGAGCUGCUUUCUAGCACCAACAGACUACCUUCGGCUGACAUUUUCUGCCUAGGUAUCAUGAUGCUGGAAAUUGCGACAGGAAAGAAGCUGCCCGAAGCAGGAAAGGAGUGGCAUGACCUUCGAACAGGUCAUUUGCCAACACUUCCGUGCGUAUACUCAAAUGAUAUAAAAGGAAUUAUCAAGCAGAUGAUGCACCCAGAUCCUCCAAAACGACCUACCGCAGCUGAAAUUCUGCAAAAUUCACGCGUGCAGACUGCCACAGAGCCCGUCACUCUUAUUCAGAAGCACGCAAUAAGACAAAAACUUUUUGUGCCUUCAAAAUUGCGAAACAAUACGAAUCGGUCAACGCAAAAAGCAAUUCAGUAUCCCUUUUCUUCACGUGACAGCAAGAUGAAGUUUAACUCGACCGUGUCCUCGUCGCGCCGCAAAAGCCGCAAGGCACAUUUCGGCGCUCACUCGACCCAGCGUCGUGUGCUUAUGAGUGCGCCGUUGUCAAAGGAUUUGCAGAACAAGUACAAUGUUCAUAGCCUGCCAAUCCGUAAAGAAGACGAGGUCUUGAUUGUGCGCGGCUCUCAGAAGUCUCGUGAGGGCCGAGUAAUUGCUGUGUACCGUAAGAAAUUCGUCAUUCACGUUGAGCGUGUUGUGCGCGAAAAAUCCAACGGCGCUUCUGUGCCCAUCGGUAUUGAUGCCUCUAAGGUUGUUAUUACUAAGCUUAAGCUCGACAAGGACCGCAAAAAGAUCUUGGAGCGCAAAAACCGUGCUGUAUCUGAGACGGAGAAGGGAAAGUUCACGGAACAGGAUGUUGCCAUGGCUACUGUCGAUUAA